CAAAGAACCAAUUAAAAUAAGCUUCAUUUGUAAACUUGUUUUUAAACUUAGUUAUAGAUUUUUUCCUCUUUCUCACUCCCUCUCGUUGCAUUAUUGCAGCAGCAGCAGCCCCUCUUGUUGUCUCCACUCUCUCUCGCUAAAGAAAAUCCAUCUUCUCUCUUUCUCACUUGUCCCUUUUUCGUAUAUUUCGUUUUUCUCUUUUGGGGUUUCUUCUACUGACUACUGGUUGGUGCAUGGAUUUGUUGUACAUUUCUGCACUCCCCAUUUCCUUUUUCAGUACAACAAGCUUGCCCUUCUUUGGUAAUUUGUAAUAAUUUUUAGUCAGAAUAGAAAAUUGGAAAUAAUAAUUGUGUUAUCUUGAGAUUGUGGUUUCUUUUUAUAGUGAGUGAUAAAGAAGAAAAAAGAAAGACAAUCUUCAAAUGGACUGGAACUUCAAACUCAGCUCCUGUUCUUUCCCCGAUUACGAUGAAGAAUCUGUACCGGAUUUAACUCCAAUAGAUGCCUUGGUUUCAUUUGGUGGGUCAUCAUCAUCAUCACCAAGACUGGAGCCAAAAGGAGAGUUCUCAUUUGAUCUGAAACUAGGAAGGAACAUAGUAAACUCCUCCUCUGCGUUUGGUAAUACAGAGCAAGUGACAUGUCUAAAGUGGAAAGAGAGUACCGCCUUGGCGAAACCAGAAGCUUCAAGAAGCUCUGGUUCGACCAAAAGGACAAGAGGGAAUGCUACUGGGAACAACCAGAUCCCGCUUUGUCUUGUUGAUGGAUGUGAUUCUGAUUUUAGUAACUGUAGAGAGUAUCAUAAAAGACAUAAGGUCUGUGAUGUCCAUUCUAAAACUCCUGUUGUUACAAUCAGUGGUGAUAGACAGAGGUUUUGUCAACAAUGCAGCAGGUUUCAUGCUUUGGAAGAGUUUGAUGAAGGGAAGAGAAGUUGUAGGAAACGUCUUGAUGGACACAAUCGUAGAAGACGGAAGCCUCAGCCCGACCGUAUCGCUUCACAUGUGUUUCCAACUACAUCUUUUGGGACCCCGAGCAGCUGGGGAAACGGUCUUGUGAGCUUAGCUAUGGCCAAUGGUUCGAGUUACGGGGAGAACCAGAUUAGCUAUGCUGUUUCUUCUCCUGCAAAGCCCGGCAUUAUGUUCCCAGACUCUUCUUCUCUAAAUAGCAGAGGGAAACAGUUCCCUUUCUUGCAAGAAGAAGUGAGCUCGAGAACAGCAUUCUUGUGUGAGAGAAUGACGAGUUGCGUCCAUGACUCUGAUUGUGCUCUCUCUCUUCUGUCACCAUCUUCCUCAUCAACACCUCAUUUGCUUCAGCCACCACUUCCUUUGUCCCAAGAAGCAGUAGAGACGGGUUUUAACCAGUCCGGAUUGUUUGAGAACGCGAGUGCAGUCUCUGAUGGAUCGGUUAUAUCCGGUAAUGAGAUUGGGGCUCUUCCGCAAACGUUCCCGUUUCACUGGGAGUAGUACAAGUAGAUAGAUAGAAUCAGAAAGAUGUGUGUAUGUGCCUCUUUCUCUAUUCUCUUUUCUUUCUCUAAUUUUUCAAUGUUCUUUUAUCUUGUUAAAUGAUGAAUUAUUGGUGUAUAAACGGCAUUCAAUUAUUACGUGUAGGUUGUAUUGGUCCAGCACCAAGUUAAGAGUAGAUAAAGUCUUUUUCUGGUCUAAAGUAGAUAAA